UCAGCUCUCCUCUCCUCUCCGCUCUGUAUCGCACAGCAGCAGCAGCAGCGCCUCUGGGAGGAUGGAUGGAGCGGGCUCGUUCGGAGCGGGCCGAGCCGGUUCGGCCUUUGAUCUGAUUGCGUUCAUCAAACAACCACAGACAACCCUAAGAGUCCUGGCGUGGAUCUUCUCCAUGGUGGUCUUUGCUUCUAUAAUAAAUGAGGGUUAUGUGAAUAUGGGCAGUGAGCGCCUGCACUGUGUCUUUAAUAAGAACGCAGACGCCUGUAACUACGGCAUCACUAUAGGAAUUGUGGCUUUCUUAGCCUGUGUCUCCUUCCUGGCCCUGGACGUCUACUUCCCCCAGAUCAGCAGUGUUAAAAACAGAAAGAGAGCAGUGCUGUUGGAGAUGGUUUUUUCAGGUUUCUGGACAUUCAUUUGGUUUGUAGGAUUCUGCUUUUUGGCCAGUCAGUGGAGUCGUACUUCCCCUAAGGAGCUGCCGCUGGAGCAGGCGUCAGACGCGGCACGAGCAGCUAUCGCCUUCUCUUUCUUCUCCAUCCUUACCUGGGCGGGCCUUACGGUGUGCGCCGUUCAGAGGUUCCUGCUCGGUACUGACAUGACACUGUUCACCACUGAGCACAUGGCCACCCAUCCGCCCAAGCAGCCGUACCCCUCCAACGAUGUCAUUGGUCAGACCACCAUCCCCGUCAACGCUUACCAGAGUACACCGCUCAUCGAAACCGUGGAGACCCGCCCCCCUGGAUACAAGAUCCCGCCUGCAUUUUAAUCCACAACCAAUCAGAAGGCAAGGAAUAUAGCAGCGCUAAAGGACUGAGUAUAGUCUGCCGUCAAUGUUAGCUAAAUGUAUCGUAUCGUAUUGCAUUUUAGUAACAGGGUGGUGAGGAGAUGAUGCUCACCUUCUGUAGUCUGCACUAUAAUACAGUCUGAUAAUGUAUCUCACUUCAACCUCAGCAAAGAUGGAUGUUUUGGGUUGAUUGUGGUUGCCUGCCCUACACAAAUUUUUUACAUUCGGCUACAAAUAAUUGUCAAAAUCACCAUGGACGAUUUAUUUAGUAAUUAUUGUUUAAUUAAAGAAAUUAAAAAUAAUUAAAGGUGCACUAAGUAUUGGCUCUUGCAUCAUUUAAAAGACAAAGUUUUUGCUGAGUAAAUAAUGACAGAAUUUAAUGACUAAAAUUCAGAAAAAGCUUAUCUAAAUGAUUACUUUUUUUUUUGCCAGUUUAAUGAAUUGAAAUUAUGUGAUUGAAGUAAAAUCAAUCAAAUAAAAUAUAUAUAUCUUACAUGAAAACCUUAAAAAAACAGGAGUUUUAGACCACUAAUAUGAGGCGGAGUCAUAUUUCAUAUCUAAAAUUUACAACAUAUUUUACAAAAGUACUAUUCGUUUCUUUCAGGGUAAAA